AUGGGAGAUGAGCUCGGAGCAAGAGCUGUAAGGAACCAAGUAGCUGUAUGGGCAUCCAAGCCAAAAAAAGAUUACUCCGUAAUUUUGCCCAGACGAAAGAAUGACUUUGCCUGGCAACAAUUCCAUUUUCUGCGAAGGGAUGAAUAUCCAGCAAAAGCUUUCCACAUCCCUGACCAGAAAAGACCAGAAUCCAAAACAUUGAAGCCCAGAUCCAAGAUGUAAUUCUUGAACAAAAAGCCAGAUUGCAGAGAACACAAGCCAGAAGAUUUGUAAGAGGAGAAGAUGAAUAUCCAACCCAUUAGCAAACCAAAGAACAACCAUAAAUGCUUCAGAGACAAAUCUGGGGAGGCCCAGCGUGAGAAGCCUUAGAGCAGGAGCUUGAAGUUGCUGUGAUAGAAUAUGAAAAAACCAAGAGCAGUGAAAUAAACUAUUGAUCUGAGAUAGUCGAAACCAUCCUGAGGAGCUUAAAGCAAAAGGCCUUGGUUGACUGUCUCACUUUCACUUAGAUGGAAUUAAUCAAUGGAUUCAUGUACAAUAUGAUGAUCAUGAUGCAGACAAAGAUCAAAACUUGGUUACGGUGUAUACUUUUGGUCAACUUGGGAAAGAAUAUUUCAAGAACGUAUUGAAAAUAGAUGAAAACAAAGAAAACUUUGGAAUUUUGAUUGUAAUACCCCAAAUCGGGAUAUUUCAAUUUUGAAUCAUUGGUUUAUUUCAGUUUCCAUCAUUUCGUCCGAAAUGAAACGAAAAUUUGAUCUUUCAUUGUAGGUUUCCUUGAAACUUGUGGGUGGUUCGUUUGGUAUUCACAUUUAUUACUUGUGUUGAUUACAUAUUCCUUGGACUGGUGCCAUUAACUAUGCUUUGGAUUUCGUUUCAGUUUUUGAUCUAUCAUCCCAAUAUCUAUUAGUGGCCUUACUUUAUAGAUCUAUAUAUAACAUAUUGGUUUAC